CUGAGCCUUCAUGCUUCCGCUUCAUUGCUACUACAGAUCAGUACAAAGCUUGCUGUCUUUACCUAUAGGUAAUAGUAGUUCUGUUUGGAUUCCUCGUGUUUCCAUGUCCUUGUUGCUAGUGUCGUCACCACAAGGAAUGCCGCUACCGUUGUAGUUUCCUGUGUCUGGUUAACACUUGCUCUCUCUCAGCUGUAACUAACCAGGUGUCGCAUUUAUAGCACCAGACUCGGUCACUGACAAUAAACAAGAUGAACAAAUACAGGAAUCAGAUGGCAGAGCAGUUUCUGAGUCAGGCACUGGGCAUCAUCUGCCUGCUGACCGGAGAGGAAUACACCAUUGUGAAGAAGAGGCCCUCCAACAACAGCAUUCACCCUCUGAGCGGAAAGGUGCCUAUAAAGUUUGAUGAUGUUGCUGUGUAUUUCUCUAUGGAGGAGUGGGAGUAUAUAGAGGGACACAAGGAGCUUUACAAGGACGUCAUGAUGGAGACUCACCAAGCACUAAGGACUAUGGGGAUCCCAGGAAACAAAAGCUCAGAACUAACAGGUCACAGUGAUGAAAAUCUAGACACAGGAGCACAUUCAGAACAGAAUAUUCAGCCAGUGGUGAAAUCAGCAGAUGUCGCUGCAGAACGAACAAGUAACAGUGAUGAAAAUCAAGACACAGCAGCAAAUAAUGAACUUGCACACAAUAUUCAGCCAAUGGAGACCCCAUCAGUCGUCUUUGCAGACUGGAAGAGGGGUAGAGGUGGGCAAGGGAGUGUAGGUUUAGGUACUAGUGUGAAUAUUAGAGGCGGUCAGUUAGAAUUAGGUCAUGAAGUAGCUAGGGAGAUAGAAAGAGGAAAGGCUAAAGUAAGGGGUGGUGACUUUGUGCCACCUAGUGGGAGAGGAUCAGAGGGGAGGGAGGUGCAAAUUAGUGUGUCUCACACUAGGAUAGGUAAAUCUAGAGUAGGUACAGAGGGAGGAAGGUCUGGGUCCGUAGCGGAUCUGGGAGGGGAUAGGAGAACUCGGGCCUUAGGGACAGAACAAGGUCUGAGGGCUGGCCCCUCGUCACAUACAGGAGGGCAUGAUUUUUCUGGGCGUCCUCAGAGGCCAAGGUUGAGGGAGGAGCGCUAUAAUGAGGCAGAGAAAUUUGCUCUGAUAGAGGCGUAUGUACAAAGAGCCUCACAAUUGGAGAGGCGUAAUUUGGCCGGCAACAUUAGAAGUAGGUUAUGGGAGGAAAUCAGGGAGGCUUGCGUAAGAGUGGACAAUCGCCAACGCACCAUAGACAGUAUUAAGCACCGGUGCCGAGACUGCCGAAGGAUGGUGAAAGAGAAAAUGCAGUUGGAAGAAGAGCAAGCAAAUGAACCUGGAGGCCAACUCAUAGUCUAUAGUGGUUGGGAGGAGCUGCUGCGAGAUAGAAUGGCUGCAGCACCCAACAUUCAAGUAGGAGGAGAUACAGCUGCAUCUUCUGAAAGCCAGUCGUGUGAAUAUGAUGCUGUAAUUUCUUGUAAUUUGGAACAAACUGAAGAUCAGCGGCUAAGAAAUAUGACAGAAGCAACAGAGCAGGAAAUAUGUGAAAAUGUUAACAUUGGUGAAUUCACGAACUGCAAUAAUUCUACUCAUGCUCAGAGUGCUGAGGUUUCUUGCAAUCUUCUUCAAAAUCAAAGAAGCCAAGGGGGAAAUGUAUGUUCUGAAUGUGGGAAAUGUUUUACCUGGAAAUCGCAACUUAUUAAUCAUCAGAAAAUCCAUACAGGAGAAAAAGCAUUUUCAUGUUCUGAGUGUGGGAAACGUUUUACUGGGAAAUCCGAUCUUAUUACACAUCAGAAAAUUCAUACAAGAGAGAAAACAUUUUCUUGUUCUGAAUGUAGGAAAUGUUUCAUCAAGAAAUCAAAACUUAUAGACCAUUUGAAAAUUCAUACAAGAGUGAAAGCAUUUUCAUGUUCUGAGUGUUGGAAAUGUUUUACUCAAAAGUCAAAUCUUAUUGCGCAUCAGAAAACUCAUACAGGGGAGAAAGGAUAUUCGUGUUCUGAAUGUGGUAAAUGUUUUACUCUGAAGUCAAAUCUUAUUUCUCAUCAGAAAGUUCAUAUUAAAGGAAAUCUGAGAAAUCCGAGCUCAACCUCGUAAGUGUACACAGUGACACAUAGUCGUUAUCCAUACAAUAAUAAUGUAAGAACUGUUGAGUACAUUUUUGGCAGGUGAUCACUGAGGUGACAGCAUCUAGCUAGCUGGAAUUUAAAUGUACCAGGUUUAUAGUGCACAGAUUGAGUCCCUUCUUUAACAUCAAAAGUGCCUCACUGGCAGCAUUAAAACAUAAUUUCUGCUUACCUGAUAAAUUAUUUUCUUUCUUGGCAGUGAGAGUGCACAAAUUAAUUCAUUAUCUAUGGGAAUUACUUAACCUGGCUACCCAGAGGAGGCAAAAACACCCCAAUCAAAGAAUUUACAUAUCCCUCCCAUUUCCCCCAUCUUCUCACUAGUUCAAGCCGAGGAUAAGGAAAAGUAGAGUUAAAAGGGGUACAGAUGUGCCACAAGCCUGCUGCCACUACAUAAUUUCAGGGCGGGUUCGUGGAAGAAAGAAAAUAAUUUCAGGUAAGCAGAAAUUAUGUUUUCUUUCUAAUGGCAGAGUCCAUAAAUUCAUUAAUUACCUCUGGGAAACUAAUACCCAAGCUGAGGAGGACACAAAAUGAAUAGGGAGGGCAGUCCUAAGAAAUGGGCACCACUGCUUGAAGAACUUUUCUCCCAAAAGACGCUUCUGUUGAGGCAAAAACAUAUCUGUAACAUUUUGUGAAAGUGUGCAACGAUGACCAGGUAGCAGCCUUACAUAUCUGUUCAACGGAAGCCUCGUUCUUGAAGGCCCAAGAAGAAGACACAGCAUGGGUAGAAUGUGCCGUAAUUCGAAAUAGAGGCUGCUGGCCAGCUUGAAUAUAAGCCAAGUAAAUCAAGUUUCUGAACCAAAAGGAUAGGGUAAUAGCAGUGGCUUUCUGACCUUUGAAUUUACCAGAGUACAGGACAAAUAAGGACGAUAAAUGGCAAAAUUCUUUGGUAGCAUGAAGAUAGAACUUCAAAGCUCUAACCACGUCCCAAUUAUGUAAAAGCCUCUCCUUAGAAGGAGGAGGAUUGGAACAAAGAUACUGAACAACAAUCGCUUGAAACAACCUUAGGCAAACAUCCCAACAUUGUUCUCAGUACGGCCUUAUCCGAAUGUAACACCAGAUAAGUUACUUUCCAAGUAACUUAAUAUCAAUAGAAUGCAUAGGCUCAAACGAAGCCUGUUGAACUCUAAGAACUAAAUAAGACUCCAAGGGGGAGCAAUAGUUUUGAAAACAGGUAUAAUUAUAGCAAGAGCUUAAACAACUGAACAUCUGGCAAUCGAGUCAACUUUUUAUGCAACAAGGCAGAAAUUUGACCUUUUAAGAGAACUAGCUAUCAGGCCCUUUUCUAAACCGUCCUGAAGAAAUUGAAGAAUACGCAGAAUUAUUACCUUGUGCCAAGGAAAACCACGAUCUGCGCACCAAGAUAGAUACACCUUUCAUACUUUGUGGUAAAUAUGCCUGGUAACUUUCUGGUCUGAAUCAGGGUAUCAAUCACCUACCCAGAGAAUCCUCCCAGGGACAAAACUAAGCGUUCAAUCUCCAUUCAGUCAGCCUCAUAGAAUCUAGAUUUUCAUAGAAAAGCAGACCCCGAGCUAGAAGGUCCGGCCUCUAAGGUAACCGCCAAGGAGGAGCAGAUAACAUCCUCACUAGGUUUGCAUACCAAAUCCUGAGUGUCUACGCAUGAGCUAACAGGAUCGUUGAAGUUCCCUCUUGUUUGAUUCGAGCUAUUACUCCAAAAAAAACAGAACAAUUGGAGGUAACCAGAUUGAAAUUCCAAGGAACUGCUAAGGCGUUCACCAACUCCGCCUGAGGAUCUCUUGAUUCCGACCGUAUCUCGGAAGUUUGGCAUUGAGACAGGAAACUAUCAGGUCUGUUUUCAGGCAUCCCAACCUGCCGGUGAUCUCGCCAAACACUUCCUGGUUUAAUGACCAAUCAUUGGAGUGUAGAGUUUGUCUGCUCAGAAAAUCCGCUUCCCCAUUGUCCACACCUGGAAUGUGUAUAAGCGAUAUUUGGCACUGAGAAGUCUGCCCAUUGAAGGAUGCAAGGCAACAUCCUUGAUUGCCAGAGGACUGGGGGUUCCGCCCUGGUGAUUGACAUAGGCCACCGUAGUGAUAUAUUUUGAUUGAAAUCUGAUAAAACAGAUGGAACAUAGUUGGGGCCACGACUCAAGAACAUUGAAGACUGCCCUCAAUUCCAGAAUGUUGAUCGGAAGGACCGCUACUGCUUCUUCUGGAAGCUAGGCACCUUGGGCUCUUGGAGAACCCCAGACAGCACCCCAGCCUGAUAAACUCACAUCUGUAGUUAAAAUCUCCCAUGAAGGACAGAGGAAGCACAUGCCUUAAAGGACAGGUUCCCGAGACAGCCACCAGGGAAGGGACUCUCUUGUCACUAGAUCAAGAGAUAUUGUCUGAGAUAGAUCCGAGUUAUUUCUGUUCCAUUGACCGAGCAUACAUAACUGUAUACUGUAGGUCUCCGAUGAAAACGAGCAAAAGGAAUAGUGUCCUAGGACGCCACCAUGAGGCCUAAUUACCUCCAUGCUCUGAGCCACAUACAAUAGAGGAAUGGAUUAGAGAAGACAGCAGGCUGCAAUUUCUCCCUGCCUUGAUCUGUUAGGAAAAUACAUAUGCUGAUUGUCUAUGAUUAUCCCCAGAAAAGUUACCAUGCUAGUAAAAGAGGUGAAAAACAAUUCAAUUACUGCACUCUAUUAAAGUACUAUCAAUUUGAGCAGUCUCCAAGAAAAAUGCUUCGCCUGAGGUGCCCUACCGCCUCCCGCGAAGCGACAGUCUGUUGAUAUAGCUCCGGAGUUGUCAGUAGAUUUGGUGCGCCUCCGAGAAAAAAAAACUGUUUAUGACGUGAGCAUGGUUAUCCUCCGCCCCCCGGCACGCUUCCUAGUCGAAAAAGCCUGUGAAAUGGUGCUUGUGCAGAGCGCCAUAUUUAACACCCACCAGAAUGUCCAGAAUAAAAAAAUAAUUAAUUUAAAAAAUUAAUGCAUAUAAGCCUACCAGGGUAUAAUACCAUAACUGUAACACCGGCAAUCACUUUUUCCUCUUAGCCACUAAGAUCUGUGCCUCUAUUAUGCCCCACCUAACCUCACUAAGGUAUAACACUUAUAUGCAGAUCACUCUAACCUCACUGAGGUAUUCAUACCCCUAAUGUUUAAUAAAAGACCUCUCUGAAGUCUAACACCUUUAUGUUCCCAGUUUCCUAACUGGCAAUUUUUACAGCUAUGACCACAUACUCCCCAUUAGGUAAAAGGAAUUUGAGUAGCAGCGCUGGAAAUAACUCUUACCACCUUCAAAAGGGACAAGUCAUUUAUGGGGGAGAGAAGACCAGACUUUCCCCCAAUUAAAAAGAGAUUUCUUCCAGUACACUGGGAUCUGAAACAGAAGGACAUUCAGUGUAUUUAACACUGAAAACCUGACACAGGGUAAUGCAGCCCAAAACUUUACUCUGAGAAUUACAUUGCUCCCCUGCCUUCUCUUGCAGAAAACAAUCCAUAUGAGGACAUAAAUCUUCAGCAGAACACCUCUCUCUGCCAACCUCCAUGAAAUGACACAAAGAACUACUGAGAGGGUAGGGGAAGUGGGAGGGAUAUGUAAAUACUUUGCUUGGGGUGUCUUUGCCUCCUGGUGGCCAGGUGAAAUAAUUUCCAUAGGUAAUGAUUGCAUUUGUGGACUCUCACUGCCAUUAGAAAAAAAUACAUUGUGCUGAUAUAUAACAAAACUAAAUAUCUUUACUUUUGUAUUUCAAUUGCUAUUUUCUUUAGAAAAACACUGACUUUUAGAAAGAUUACCUUUUUAUAGUUUUAUAUAGUAUCUCACAAAAGUGAGUACACCCCUUACAUUUUUGUGAAUAUUUUAUUAUAUCAUGUGACACUGAAGAAAUGGCACUUUGCUACCAUGUAAGGUAGUGAAUGUACAGCCUUUAUAACAGUGUAAAUUUGCUGUCCCCUCAAAAUAGCACACAGCCAUUAAUGUCUAAACUGUUUGCAACAAAAGUGAGUACACCCCUAUUUGGAAAUGUCCAAAUUGUGCCCAAUUAGCCAUUUUCCCUCCCCGGUGUCAUGUGACUCGUUAGUCUUACAAGGUCUCAGGUGUGAAUGGAGAGCAUGUGUGUUAAAUUUGGUGUUAUCGCUCUCACACUCUCUCAUGCUGAUCACUGGAAGUUCAACAUGGCACCUCAUGGCAAAAAACUGUCUGAGGCUCUGAAAAAAAGAAUUGUUGCUCUCCAUAAAGAUGGCCUAGGCUAUAAGAAGAUUGCCAAGACCCUGAAACUGAGCUGCAGCACGUUGGGCAAGACCAUACAGUGGUUUCACAGGACAGGUUCCACUCAGAACAGGCCUCGCCGUGGUCGACUAAAGAAGUUGAGUGCACGUGCUCAGCGUCAUAUCCAGAGGUUGUCUUUGGAAAACAGACGUAUGAGUGCUGCCAGCAUUGCUGCAGAGGUUGAAGGGGUGGGCAGUAAGCCUGUCAGUGCUCAGACCAUAGGCCCUUCACUGCAUCAAAUUGGUCUGCAUGGCUGUCAUCCCAGAAGGAAGCCUCUUCUAAAGAUGAUGCACAAGAAAGCCCUCAAACAGUUUGCUGAAGACAAGCAGACUAAGGACACGGAUUACUGGAACCAUGUCCUGUGGUCCGAUGAGACCAAGAUAAAUUUAUUUGGUUCAAAUGGUGUGAAGUGUGUGUGGUGGCAACCAGGUGAGGAGUACAAAGACAAGUGUGUCUUUGCUACAGUCAAGCAUGGUGGUGGGAGUCAUGGUCUGGGCCUGCAUGAGUGCUGCCGGCACUGGGGAGCUACAGUUCAUUAAGGGGACCAUGAAUGCUAACAUGUACUGUGACAUACUGAAGCAGAGUAUGAUCCCCUCCCUUCGGAGCCUGGGCCACAGGGCAGUAUUCCAUCAUGAUAACGACCCCAAACACACCACCAAGAUGACCACUGCCUUGCUAAAGAAGCUGAGGGUAAAGGUGAUAGACUGGCCAAGCAUGUCUCCAGACCUAAACCCUAUUGGGCAUCUGUGGGGCAUCCUCAAACAGAAGGUGGGGAGCGCAAGGUCUCUAACAUCCACCAGCUCCGUGAUGUCGUCAUGGAGGAGUGGAAGAGGACUCCAGUGGCAACCUGUGAAGCUCUAGUGAACUCCAUGCCCAAGAGGGUUAAGGCAGUGCUGGAAAAUAAUAGUGGCCGCACAAAAUAUUGACACUUUGGGCCCAAUUUGGAAAUUUCCACUUACGGGUGUACUCACUUUUGUUGCCAACUGUUUAGACAUUAAUGGCUGUGUGUUGAGUUACUUUGAGGGAACAGCAAAUUACACUGUUAUACAGGUUGUACGCUCACUACUUUACAUUGUAGCAAAGUGUCAUUUCUUCAGUGUUGUCACAUGAAAAAAUAUAAUAAAAUAUUUACAAAAAUGUUAAGAAAAAAAAUCACACUGUAUUGUUUACAUCCUUGUUUUUUUUAAAAUUGUAAAAAGAAAUAUGCAUUUCACCCCACACUUUAUGUUGUAGAUUUCUCAUAUGGUUUGAGUCUGUUGAAAAAACAUUUUUUUUGUGGGUUUCUCACUGAAAAAAUGGUUUCUAGUAGUGCUUACAUUUUAGCAGCAUCUAUAAGCUCCAAAACAGCUCAGCACAAGGGUGUAAAAUGGUUCAACAGCUAAGGGGUAUAAUGGACAUUAAACACUGAGAUUGUAAUAUAAAAUGUUAAAUUAUGUGUAUUAAAAUUAUUUUGCAAUAUA